ACACACUACAUCAAGACAAGUGAAGAUGGCGGAUGUAUUGAGUGUUCUCCGUCAGUAUAACAACCAGAAAAAAGUAAUCGUCGCUAAAGGAGAUGAAGUUAUAUUCGGAGAGUUCUCCUGGCCGAAAAAUGUCAAGACCAACUAUAUAAUUUGGGGUACUGGUAAAGAGGGCCAGCCCAAAGAGUACUAUACUUUGGACUCGAUCUUGUUCUUGCUCAACAAUGUGCAUCUCCCGCAUCCCUCCUAUGUCCGAAGAGCUGCAACAGAAAACAUCCCUGUUGUCAGACGACCUGAUCGAAAAGGGUUGCUGGCAUAUCUCAAUGGAGAUAGUUCUACAUCGACAAGUAUUGACAGAAGUGCACCUAUAGAAAUAGGUUUGCAAAGGCCAACACAAGUCAAACGAGCAGCCGAUGAGGUAUCUUCGGAAACCAAAAAACCAAGGAUUGAGGAUGAAGAGCGAGUGCGUCUGGAUAAGGAGCGUCUGGCGGCCCGUCUGGAGGGCCACAAAGAGGGCAUCGUGCAGACCGAUCAGAUCAGAUCGCUGUCUGAGGCCAUGUCUGUGGAGAAGAUCGCCGCCAUCAAAGCCAAGAUUAUGGCCAAGAAACGUUCCACCAUCAAAACUGAUCUUGACGAUGACAUCACCCUGAAGCAGAGGAGCUUCGUGGAUGCCGAGGUGGAUGUCACCAGAGACAUCGUCAGCAGAGAGAGGGUGUGGAGGACCAGAACAACCAUCCUGCAGAGCACUGGAAAGAACUUCUCCAAGAACAUCUUCGCCAUCCUCCAGUCAGUGAAAGCCAGAGAAGAAGGGCGAGCCCCCGAGCAGAGACCCGCUCAGAACACUACUCAAGUGGACCCGUCCCUAAGGAACAAGCAGCCUGUCCCUGCCGCCUACAACAGAUACGAUCAGGAGCGAUUCAAAGGAAAAGAGGAAACGGAGGGUUUCAAAAUUGAUACCAUGGGCACUUACCACGGCAUGACCCUGAAGUCAGUGACGGAAGGAGCAUCUGCCCGGAAGGCCCAGACUCCGGCGCUUCAGCCAGUCCCACGUCCAGUUUCACAAGCCAGACCUCCACCGAAUCAAAAGAAAGGGUCCCGGACACCCAUUGUCAUCAUCCCUGCCGCCACCACCUCGCUCAUCACAAUGCUCAAUGCUAAGGAGCUCCUGCAGGAUCUGAAGUUUGUCACACCAGAAGAGAAGAAGAAGCAGGGCAUCCAGCGUGAUAAUGAGGUUCUGCUGCAGAGACGCAAAGACCAGGUCCAGCCGGGCGGCGCGACUGUGAGCGUCACUGUGCCGUACCGUGUCAUCGACCAGCCGCUGAAACUGGCUCCACAGGACUGGGAUCGAGUGGUGGCGGUCUUUGUGCAGGGUCCUGCCUGGCAGUUCAAAGGCUGGCCGUGGCUGCUGCCUGAUGGAUCUCCUGUGGACAUUUUUGCCAAAAUUCGAGCCUUUCAUCUGAAGUACGACGAGGCGAAGAUCGACCCCAAUGUGCAGAAGUGGGAUGUGAGCGUCCUGGAGCUGAGCCGCCACCGGCGCCAUCUGGACCGACCCGUCUUCCUGCACUUCUGGGAAACCGUCGACAGAUACCUUGUCAAACACAAAGCUCACCUCCGGUUCUGAGCACAGAUCACUGCGUCCAUCCCCGGAAAAAAUCCUACAAAAGAAUUCUACGACCCCUUCCAUCUCUCCUCGGUCCAACUUUGCCCUCCCAUUAUGAUUGUUUUCUCGUGGACUUCCUCCUUUACUUCCUCGAGGACUAUUUUUCUCUGGACACGUGAGGGAAGAUUUAGGGAAUUUUCAUUUUUUGGGUUGUAAUUAUUUCCUAAUGCUUUCAGGUAAAAGAAUACCAAAAUAUGUUUUGUAUGAAAAAAAUGCCGUGGAAAGUGCGAUAUCUAGCAGUAUAAUGGGGUCGGAGGGAGAGGAGGAUUUCAUUUCUGUCAACAGUAGAGAGGACUGUAUGGUAAAAAGGACCCUGAUUGUUGGUACAAAACAAAGCAGCCACUGAGUUUGAGGAAAGUGACUUCCUUUACACUUUCCUUUUUUUCUUUUGGGUGUCUGUGGUCUGAAUGUACAUAUAUGAUAUGAUAUGAUAUGUUAUGAAAUGAUGACAGCUGUCAGAUCAGAGUGCUGAGGGGAGCAGGUAAGUGAUUUGUUAAUACGACUGUUAUCACAUCAGUCUGUCCCUAGCUCAGUUUUUGCUGGAUCAGCAUUUCUCUCGGCCAUGCAAUGGCCUUGUUAAAGUCUUCUUCUUUUUCUUUGUUGGUGUUGUGCUAGAAGAGAAUUAUGAUGGAAAGUAUUGCUUUAAGUCGUCACAGGAAAUUAGACAAUAAAGCCUCAGAAAAACAA